CGGAAGUAUAAAGUUGAUUUGACGUAAACAAUUUUAUACAUAAAAAGUUAAAAGAUUCUUCUUCUUUUAAUUAUUAAAAUGCAAUCUACUUCAAAGGUUUUGCAACAUAUUUCACCUGUUACAAGCAACAAAAUAGUUUCAAAACAGUCUUACGGUUGUAUUCCACUUAGCCAUUUUUGUGAAGAUGUGUUGUCUAAAGAAACUGUUAUUGAGGACAAAGUAAAACGCCCUAUGAGCUCAUUCUUGUUGUGGGCAAGAAUUAAAAGAAAAAAUUAUUCUAAAAAAAAUCCUAAAAUGCUUAAUUCAGAAAUCAGUAAACUUUUAGGAUAUACUUGGAAUAAAAUGAGUGCAAUUGAAAAAUUACCGUUUACAACACAAGCAAAGAACCUUCGAACGGCUUAUAUGACAAACCAUCCAAAGUAUUCGACUAAGAAGUGCGAACAUAAUAAAGGUAAUUAUUCAAAAAUGGAUUCCGCCCAAAGAAACAAUGAUUUAGAUGUAAGUAGUUUUUUGGUUAACAAAAGCUUAAACAACAACGAUAUAGUAAGAAACCCAAGUUUGAAAAGCUAUUGCUACCUUCAAAAUGCAUAUAUUGCACAACAAACUGCUACAAUAACAAAAUAUAUUUCAUCAAAUGAUGUUAUUUAUUAUUCAUCUGAUAUCGGUUUCAAUAAUAUUCAAAGUAUAUUUCCUUUAAAAUAUGAUCCAUGUGUAAUCUUUAACAAGAAUAAUAAAUUCAAUACUGAAAGUAAUAUAGAAGUUUGCAAAGAGACCACUACGCUUCAUUAUUAUCCAAGCCCAGUACAGCUGCAUUUAAAUAUAUAAUAGCCAACAUAAAACAAUAACGAAAGAGAAAUAAACCCAACAAACAAAAAAGAGAAAAAUUUUUAAAGACGACAAUGAGUUAGUAUUUUGAGUUAAAAUUUAUAAAUUUUUCAAUAUGUCGAAUAUUUAAGACUUUAAAAUGUUUUUAUGCAAAAUGUUUUUACAAGAACUCAUUUUUGAACAUAAA